CACGGUCACACUCGUAUUCUACAGUUAUUAAACUGCAGCGAUGGCAAGAACCAAGCAGACCGCUCGUAAAUCCACCGGUGGCAAAGCCCCGAGGAAGCAGCUCGCUACUAAAGCCGCCCGGAAGAGCGCCCCAGCCACCGGCGGCGUCAAGAAGCCCCACCGUUACAGGCCCGGGACCGUGGCUCUCCGAGAGAUCCGCCGCUAUCAGAAGUCCACCGAGCUGCUGAUCCGCAAACUGCCUUUCCAGCGUCUGGUGCGAGAGAUCGCUCAGGAUUUCAAGACGGACCUGCGCUUCCAGAGCUCCGCUGUCAUGGCCCUGCAGGAGUCCAGCGAGGCUUAUCUGGUCGGUCUGUUCGAGGACACCAACCUGUGCGCCAUCCACGCCAAGAGAGUCACCAUCAUGCCCAAAGACAUCCAGCUGGCCCGCCGCAUCCGCGGAGAGCGCGCUUAAACCCGCCCCUGACAAACACCCCAAAGGCUCUUUUAAGAGCCACCCACAUCACUCUCAAUGAGACCGUUUCCACGGGAAAACUCGAUAAAAACAUAGAAAAAAAUAGUAACAUUUUCAGACAAUUAAUGCUUUGGGUGAAUGUGAGGCAAAUUGUAAAGCGCUUUGGAUGGCCAUGUGGUCUGUUGAAAGCGUUAUAUAAAUGCAGUCCGUUUACCAUUUAUACUUUUCUUAGGUGUAUUAACGGUUCUAGAUCUCCCUUCAAAGAAUAAUCACAGGCGAACAGUCAAAUAUGUUUUACAGGAAGAGGAAGAAAAACUAAAAGGCUUAUGUAGAUCAUCCACCUAAACAAUAUAGAAAGCAAAAAAACAAACCACUAAUGAAAAAAAAGGUGAAUCAUAUACC